GAUCUGAAUUCACAGAGAUAAGUCGUCUUAACUGCUUGUGCUCCUGAAUAUUUUCUGAUUUUUUUUUUGUUCACCAAAAAGUUACAUUGUGUUUUUCCAAUUGUUAGGAACACCAAGUUGAAUUUGAAUUGUUCCGAACACCAAGUUGAAUUUGAAUUGUUACAAACACCAAGUUGAAUUUGAAUUGUUACAAACACCAAGUUGAAUUUGAAUUUGGUUUUGAUUUGAUUUGAAUAUUGAACAACAAGAAAAUGCCCAAGGAGAUGGACCAAGGCAAAGGCGACUACGCUAAGGAGGAGAAGAAGGAUAAGGAGAACGAGCCGAGCAACGUGAUGCCCGGCACAUCGAAGCAGAGCAAGUGUUCCGAGCAGAUUGAGAAGAAGCUGCAGGAGAUCAAGGGACAGAAGCCGCACUUCAACAAUGUGGUCGUCGCCUUGGAGGAUCUAUUGACUCCAGUGACGGCCAAGGACAUGACCACCAAGAAGUCCAAGAACACGGAGAUGAAUCCACAGAAUCCCGGUAAGCCGGCAGACCCGAUGGAGAUCCACGACAAUGCUGCUGCCAAGGAAGGCGAAGGUGCUGCUGCUGCUGGUGCUGCUGCUGCUGCUGGUGCUGCUGCUGGUGCUGCUGCUGGUGCUGCUGGUGAUCAGCAGGGGGACACGGUGUUUGCUGAUACCGUGGCAUUCGUGAUGCAGCCGGAUGGCACUCACAAGGUGUACACCACACGCGAAGAGGUGACCGAGGAGGAGCAGGUGGCACCCGCACGCGAGAUACUCGUCGACGAUGGCGAGCUCAUCAUCUUGAGCGGCGACAAUGGUGAGGUGGUCUACCGUCCCAAUGACUCUGUUACCAUCGAGGCCGAGGAUAACCGUGUCUUCGUUGUCGGUGCCCAGACCGAGGAGCAGGAGGUCCAGGAGACAAUCGAGGGCGAGAACCCGCCGGUUGAGGAGUAGGUGCAGGAGUAGGGCCAAACCAAAUAUGCCAAAUAUAUCAUUGUUUUCACUAGUUGAAUCAAAUAAAAAUGCAAAGCAUUCAAAUAUAUGAACAUGUA